AACAGUGGAGUAGGAGGAAGAAGAGGAGGACUCACCGACGCUUCUUUCUACUAAACGCCAGGCGGAGAAGAGGAGGAGGCCGACGGCCGGGAAUGGGGAAGAAAACUCGCCUCACAGGAGGAGCAGUGGGUCGGAGAACAAUCCUGCAGCUUUCGCCGCCUGGCCUUCGCGGCGGGGCGGCCGGCGAGAGGGAAGAGGCGGCCUCGGGAUCCGAAGACGAACAGGAAGGUGAUGCCCACAGGUUUUUGAGAGAAAGAAGCACAAACAUGAAGCCGCCCGCAGUUAAGGCCACAGAGGGACUGUCCCUCCUUGGGGCAUACGAGGACAGUGACGAAGAGGAUGCAGGAGACUCCCAGCAUCCCAGUGCCAAGUCUCAGCACAACCAGUCAGCUGACAUUGACAGCACCCUGGCCAACUUUAUGGCUGAAAUUGAUGCAAUUACCACUCAGCCAAGUACAGAGGAUCCCACAUCCUGUCCUUCAGUACCGGCCACUAACGUCCCACCACGGCCUGAAGCUCAUGCUCAGCAGCCAGCAGCUGGUGCGGGACAUGAGCAACAGGGCGCUGCGGCUGAGUUUGAGUACAAUACUCAGUACUCAUUGGCUGGAGUGGGUGUGGAGAUGGGAGACUGGCAGGAGGUAUGGGAUGAGAACUCUGGAUGCUACUACUACUGGAACACACUGACCAACGAGGUGUCCUGGGAGCUGCCUCACUAUCUGGCUGAUCAGGUGCAAGGUCUGCAGCAGUACGCCAACAGUGCUGCUGUUAAUGGCAAUGGCAAUGGCAAUGGCAUAACACAGGCAGGCUACUUCACAGAGCAGAAUGCUGCAUCCGCUGCAGUCCCAGCAUCAAAGAGGGAGCCAAAAGUAAAGGAGGUAAUGGAGAGUGUUGUCGCACUCACAAGUGAUGAGGAGGAGCGUCGUGGAGUGGCUGCCUCUCUGCUUGGUCCUCUUAUCCCCUCUGAAGUGAAAGAGGCAGAGGAGAAGUGGAGGAAAGGGUUGCUUGGUGGUUUGGAGGACAAAGAGAACAGUUUGGACUCUGAUGGGGAGGGCGGGCGCCUUCCAGGGUCCCCCUCUACCCCUGUACAUGACUCAGACCCACUCCCUCCUGCCCAGAAAGAUCUCUCCAGCAAGAAUCAGUCAGAGGAGAACUCUGAUGCUGAGGAGGAGGCAGAGGAAGACACGAUGGAGCUGGAACUGGCUCUGGAGAGGAAAAAGGCUGAGCUGCGGGCGCUUGAGGAGGGUGAUGGGAGUGCAGGGGGCUCCAGUCCUUGUUCAGAGACCAGCCAAGAAGCUUCUGGAUCGCGUAGUCUUCUUUUGAAGAAAAAUCGAUGGAAGACGGCCUUCCUGCGUGCAGCUAGCCCAGACUCCAACAGCAGAGGGUCAGACACACAGGAGAACGUAGAUGCAGCUCAUCCUAAAGUCCUAGAAAACGUGGUGGAAGCAGAUGACAAGGAGAUGGACAGCACAGAGGACAAAACUGCUGCAAAAUCUUCGGUUAAGGAGGAGGUUGAGACACCUGAGCUCAAGUUUCAGAUCGGAGAACUAGCAAACACCUUAACCAGCAAGAUGGAGUUCCUGGGGAUAAACAAAAAGGCAAUCUCUAACUUUCAGCUGCUUCUGCUACAAACGGAGACGCGCAUCGCUGACUGGAGGGAGGGCGCUCUGAAUGGGGUCUAUCUCCGCCGCAGGCUGCAGGAAGCCGCUGAACACAUAAAACAUUACGAACUUAACGCCACCCCUAAAGGCUGGUCCUGCCACUGGGACAGAGAGCACAGGCGGUAUUUCUAUGUGAAUGACCGGACCAAUGCUUCCCAGUGGGAUUUCCCAGCCGAAGAGGAAAAGGAAGAGGAUAUAAAGGGCAGCCAAGCUUCCCAGGUACCGACAUCCAACCAAGUAGACGCCAAAACCUCAUCUGCAUCCACUGGUGGGAUCACAGGGUUAUCUGGUUAUACCGCUGUCGCUCCACCAGCCCCUCCUCAGCCCAGUGCAUCAUCAGUCUGGUCCCCAUCCCAGCCCCCACUUCCUGAAAACCCGCCUCCACCUUCAGAGUGCCCCCCGCCUCCCCCACCUCCACCGGCCUCACCGCCUCCCCCUCCUCCCCCUCCUGAUAGUGAUGGAGAGAUCAUGGAGGUGGAGAUGGAGAUGGAUGAUGAUGAUGGGGAGCCUCCAGCCCCUGGAACUGAGGAAGAUGGCAGUGGGAGACCUUUACUUGCAGGCACUGCCAGCACCAAGGUUGUGGAGACAGCCCCCUUGGGGAAGGGUCAGAAGCGUAAAGCUGGUCAGCUGAACAAAGCCAUCACUAUCGGCAGCAGUCCCAUUCUCUACACCCAACCUGCUGCCACUGCAGCUCCCGUGAUUUCAGCAAAUUCCUACUGGGGCAUGACUGCGGUCACUGCUUCUUUGCUCCCCUCUGAAGCCCCGGCUCCACCUCUCCCAGCUGUCCCCACCCAGCCGCCUCUGCCUUCAUCUCAGCCUCCCUUUGACCCGUCUGGAGUCAAAACUCUGCCCUCAGACAAGACCAAGAAACUGAAAAAGGACAAGUCAAAGAAGAAAACGAAAAUGCCCUCUCUGGUGAAGAAGUGGCAGAGCAUUCAGAAGGAGCUGGACGAAGAGGAGAAGAGCAGCUCCAGUGACGAGGACAGAGAGCAGCUCAACAAGAAGAGUAUCGAGGAAUGGAAGCAGCAGCAGCUCCUCACGGGAAAAGCUGUAAAGAAUGCCAACUUUGAGGCUCUCCCUGAAGACUGGCGGGAACGACUGAAGAAGCGGAAGAUGAUGAAUAGCACGUAACAUCUAGUUUGUUUCAUGCUUCUGAGAUCCACCCUGACCUGACAACGUACGUUCACCCCUCCCUGCCCCCAGAUGCUGGACAGUGAUCCGGAGACUUGGAGAACCUUUGUUAUCCCUUUCCCCUCCCAUUUAUGAUGAAGACUUUCAGAGGCUGUUAAGUGGCAGGCCAUUGGCUAGCGUGGUUUGAAUGUUCUUUUGUUGUUUUUACUCUGGUGUUUAUUCGUUCCUUCAGCAGAACCCUACAAGGCCUCCAUCUACACCAUCACUUCAUCUGUGUAACUUUAUAGAGAAAAAAGACUUUUCUAUUAAGCCCUCAGCUGUUGAGUGAAUGCUUGACUUUGUUCAGAGACAUUUGUGAUCAUCUGUACGUGUAAAUUUUUCUAUUUACAUUCAAAAUUUCAAAACUCAUAAAAGGACGUAGGAGAAACUAGGUUCAUAUCCAUUUUAAUAUUGCUGUGUUCUCAUGUCGACUCAUUAACCUAAACCUAUUUACUUGCUUGUGGAAGAUGGAGGCUGGAUAGGUUAUGUGCAUCUUUUUUAGGCAAAACUGAUCUGUAAUCGCCAUAUUUUGACAUACUUUUGAUACAGGCCUUUUUUUAUUUUUUUAUGAGGAGUAGAUUGACUUACGCCCCCGGCCCCUUCUGUAGGUUUCUGUCAUGUCCAUAUCCCUCAUGGGCACCCUGCAUGUUGAAGAGUCAGUCACAUAACUGUGCCAAAUGCCCUUGGGGUUAUCAUGAAUAUUUCACCUCCGGUAUUUUUAGAUCCCAUGUAGAUGACCACCAUAAGCAUUUUUACAGCUGUGUACAUUAACUGGUAAUGGGGUAAGCCAUGUUAUGGGAAAGGGAGGGAAUGUCACUAAGCUUGUACAUUUUGUAAAAAGGUAAUAAAUUGUUUUUUUCUGAAUCUG